AGAGAGUAGAGGAAGAGGGUGUAAGAAACUCCAGCGGGGUGUAGUGGGAGUGUCUGUACUGUUCUUCAGAGGGACGGUGGUGAGUACCACCCUGACACAGACCCCCACAUAACUACGGAACCACUGCACGUCUGGUACCGGUUGUGUCCCCGCUGGCGUUUGUCAUAAAAGGUGGUGGUGCCAGGCAAAGAGUCCCACCUGGCCCAGUUACACCUGCUCUCUCUCUCUCACUCUCUCUCUCUCUAUGCUACCCCUCAUCCCCUGAUGGGCACCUCAUCACACCGUGCCAAAAGUCCACCGUCUCUGCUAACAACCACACCACGCCCCUAACCACCGGCCAUCGCCAUGGAGAUGACGCAGUCAAUGGUGAUGGACAGAGAGAACGAAGGGGGAGAGAAAGAGAAAGGGGAGGAGUCAUCGCAGGAGAACGGCAGACUCACGCUGGCUGACGGAGGGGUGGCAGAGAAGGGGGACCCCAAAGUGAACUCUGGUGGGGGGUCAGGAGGGGUGUCCAACGGGUACCCCACGUCCACAGCGCAGAGCCCAAAGGAGGGAGCGGGAGGUGUACCCACAGGGGCCCCCAGGACUCUAGUGGUCCAGCAGACCAGUCUGGACCGGCCCCGGGAGACCUGGAGCAAGAAGAUGGACUUUCUGUUGUCUGUGAUUGGCUACGCCGUGGACCUGGGAAAUGUGUGGCGCUUCCCCUACAUCUGCUAUCAAAACGGCGGAGGUGAGACCUGUUCAUUUGAGCACGCUGUUGCAAAAACCUCCCUCCCUCUAGGUGUGGGCUUCGCCAUCUGCAUCAUAGCGCUGUACAUUGCGUUCUACUACAACACCAUCAUGGCGUGGGCCUUGUACUACCUGCUGGCGUCGUUCCGGCCCACCCUGCCCUGGACCACGUGCUCCAACCCCUGGAACACGGUCAACUGUCUCCGCUACCUGUCCACCGACAGCAACGUCACCUGGACCAACACGUCCACCUCGCCAGCCGAGGAGUUCUAUACGCGUCAGGUACUGCAGGUACACCUGUCUCCAGGUCUGCACCAGCUAGGCAGUGUGAGUUGGCAGCUGGCUCUCUGCCUCCUGUUCAUCUUCACCAUCGUCUACUUCAGCAUCUGGAAGGGAGUCAAGACCUCUGGCAAGGUGGUGUGGGUGACAGCCACCUUCCCCUACCUUGUCUUGCUGGUGCUGCUCGUUCGUGGGGCCACUCUGCCCGGGGCCUGGAGGGGAGUGGUCUUCUACCUCAAACCUGAUUGGGGGAAACUACUCAGCACCACAGUAUGGAUUGAUGCUGCAGCUCAGAUCUUCUUCUCUCUGGGGCCAGGGUUCGGGGUGCUCCUGGCCUUUGCCAGCUACAACCCCUUUCACAACAACUGCUACAAGGAUGCGUUGGUGACCAGCUCGGUGAACUGCCUGACCAGUUUCCUCUCUGGGUUUGUCAUCUUUACUGUGCUCGGCUACAUGGCUGAGAUGCGCAAAAUAGGCGUGGAGACCGUAGCCAAGGAUGCUGGUCCCAGUCUGCUGUUCAUCAUCUAUGCUGAAGCCAUCACCAACAUGCCCGCUGCCACCUUCUUCGCCAUCAUCUUCUUCCUCAUGAUCAUCAUGCUGGGGCUGGACAGCACGUUUGCCGGUCUGGAGGGGGUGAUCACAGCCAUGCUGGAUGAGUUCCCCCAAUUGUUGUCUAGGAGGAGGGAGUUGUUUGUCCUGGGUCUGGUGUGUGUCUGCUACCUGGGAGCGCUCUCCACCCUCACCUACGGAGGUGCAUUUGUGGUGAAACUGUUUGAGGAGUACGCCACAGGACCUGCUGUCAUCACUGUGGUCUUCCUAGAAGUCAUCGCUGUUUCCUGGUUCUACGGCACCAGUCGUUUCUGCGCUGAUGUCAAUAUGAUGCUGGGCUUCUCCCCUGGACUAUUCUGGAGGGUGUGCUGGGUAGCCAUCUGCCCCAUCUUCCUACUGUUCAUCAUUGUCAGUUUCCUGGCGUUCCCCCCGGAGGUCAAGUUGUUUGACUACAUCUACCCACCCUGGACCACAGUUCUGGGCUACUGCAUCGGAGUGUCCUCCUUCAUCUGUGUACCAGCCUACAUGGUGUACCACCUGCUCACUGCCAAAGGGACCUUUAAACAGCGUCUCCUGAAUGGCAUCACCCCUGUACCCAGUGGGCCUCACAGUGACAUUAUCAUCACCCACGCCGUCUGACCCAGUGGUCUGACCAGGCCGGGUGGACUACACCACCCUCUGUUGGACAUAGAGCACAACUGCAGGACGGGGAGGGUUCACCCCCCCCCCCCCCCCCCCCCCACUUCUCCUCCAGAACCCCCACAGCAGACUUCCGAAGCACAGAGGCACCCUGUUUAUCCCACUUACCCCAGGGCUGAGGUGGGGGCGCUGGGCCACACUGUCUGCAGCAUCCCACAUCCCUCCGUCGUCUCCCUCCUGGCUCAUUCUGUUAGCGGCUAAUGUCGUCACUGGUUUCAUACUGGGCCAUGCUGGUCAGAGCAUUUCAACCACCAGACAGAGGGUUUUUAGAUGCCACAGCACAAUGGCAUGUGUACUGUUAUUGAAGCGUAAUGUUGCCUUUCAAGUCUAUACCUGUCCAUUACAAUUGGAAUCCAUCCACACAGUAUGAGGCAUAAACAUACACGCUUCCUUGUCUCUGCUCUGUCAGGUCCACGAAACAAUGUUUAUAUCACUAGCAAACAUCUCAUCUCACGGCUUCGUUCAACAUUAUAUCCUUGUUUCAUGAGUUCUGCGUUCAGAUAUUUCGCUGGGCAUUGAUUGCAAAAUGCAGGUAUCUUUUUUAAGUUUCUCUAUGAAACCAAAUAUUCCAUGGAUAUUUCUACAGGUAUUUCCAGAUGUGAGCUGUUGUCCUGCUUUCGGAUGACUUGUUGGGAGCUUGUCAGUGUUUCUGAGCGGGAUGGCUGAACCUAUGAAGGGCCUUGAUGAUGAGUGUCAGAGCGUCUCCACACGGUGAAGCGCUGUAUGUUGGUGUUGUAUGACGCACUGCAGUACUGAUUAUGCUCUGUAAGCGUAGCCAAGUUGUUGGGGGACAUAGAGACCAGUUCAGAAGAGAAAACAGGGCUUUGUCCAGUUAUGUGGGGGGAUUCUUGAGCUGUAGAAUGGAAGGCUCUGGUGCGCGUGUGAGCAGGCGGCGCUAGACAGAAAUGGAAGGAAGGUGGGGAGAAGCUACCCUGUGCAGAUCAGAAGGAGUGGGUAAUAUUAUCCCAAUGUAAGAUGUAUAUUUAUUAGAAAUGAUUAUUAUUACUGUCAAAUCUAUACGUUCAUGUGUUUGUUUAUCUCAUUUACUAUCAACGGACAUGCUGAUUUUAGUUUGAUUUAGUUUCUUAAUAUGUAAAACACCAUUUCCACUAACUGCCUACAUCGGGAACCCAGUAUUGAACACAACUAUGUUCAUCUCCUUCAUCUCCGUCUCUCAGUCUUCAAGGAUGUGUCUAAAAACAGGUAUCGGUCUUUACUUUCGACCAAAUAGUCUGUUGUGUGUUGGAAUGGGAGUCGUAGUAUGACGUGUGUAUUAAGUGAGUCUUGGUGUCGGUGUGUGUCUCUUUGUUCUGUGAAUACUUGUCUACUCUCUUGAAUGGAUUAUGUUUGUGUGUGCAUCAGACCAGGGUGCAAAUACUAUAGGGAAUCUUUCAAGUACUUUGUGUUUUCUUUGGCCUGCCUAGUGCCAGAUGGGCGGGGUUUGUUUUAGCCUGCCUCGUGCCAGAUGGGCGGGGUUUGUUUUAGCCUGCCUCGUGCCAGAUGGGCGGGGUUUGUUUUAGCCUGCCUCGUGCCAGAUGGGCGGGGUUUGUUUUAGCCUGCCUCGUGCCAGAUGGGCGGGGUUUGUUUUAGCCUGCCUCGUGCCAGAUGGGCGGGGUUUGCAGGAUUGCGACUGUUCUAUUGGUUUCGUUGAACCAGGCAAGCUCAAUCAAAUCUGAAGUAUUUGAAACGAUUUCAAAUAGUAUUUUAACUGGGGAUUGGUGUACGUGUGUCUAAGCGUGCAUACAUGAGUGUGCGUGUAUACACGUGUGUGUGUGUGUGUGUGUCAGCGUGCAUGUGUGUGUACAUUAUGAACUGAAGUAGCAGUGUCAGACUUUGUCAACUUUGUCAGUGUGUGUAACCUGUGUGUGCAUGCCAGUGUGUGUAACCUGUGUGUUCAUGCCAUUGUGUGUAACCUGUGCUUCAGCUUGCGUCUGUGACCUUGUCUUGUUCCUCUCCAAAAUAUCCAAUGAAGAUGAUAAAACCACUCCCUCGUACCUCUUGAGCCUAUAUAAUGUAUGAUCUAUGUAUGUCUGUUAAAGAUUGUAUUGGGAAAUAAACCUGUAUAGAAGAAAGAUAUACAUAUUAUAUGAAUUAAUAAAUAAAUAAAGUUAAGAUGUAAAUUAGUA